UCCGCUUCUCCUGAGCCAGACUUUGUUCCCGCCGCCCGGGAAACUUGAUCGGGUUUAGGUGAAGUGAGAAACACCUUGGCGUCUGACAGAAGUUAUAAGGAAAUGGAUUAAUUCCUACAGGAUGAGGCGGGGAAAGUUUCAGGUUUCAUCUACUAAUUAAAAAGGUGGUUGCUAAGAGAUGACAAUCGGUGACAUUGCUGAAAGCUUCGGUUCCACAGCAGCUUGAAGCUCCACUUCCUCCAUCCCUCUGUCUGCAGCUGGCUCAUAGAAAACACUCGCUGACACCAUGGCAGCUUUCACUGCGCCGUGUCCUAACAUCCGCGCUGCCCGGACAACGCUCCAAACACGAGGAGGCAGCGACCGGACGAGUGCAGAGGAGGACGACUCGAGUAGGAGCCGGAGUUCAGAUGUGGGACAGAACACUAUCCUGGAGAAAACUCACGAGUUCUUCCAGAUGUGCGACACGGAGAACAAGGGAUUCAUCACCCGCCGGGACAUGCAGAGGCUGAAUGGUGAGCUUCCUCUGAGUGCAGACGAGCUGGAGAACGUUUUCGAUUCGCUCGAUUCUGAUGGAAACGGAUUCCUCACGCUGGAAGAGUUCUCCUCUGGUUUCAGUGCAUUUUUGUUUGGCCGUAGGAUUUCUGUAGAUGACAUCAUGACUGAGAAGAACUUGAGUAAAAGCGUGCCGGAGGUUCUGUACCAGUCCCGGUGGAAGGAGGGUCCAGGCGCGGCUGAGGAUGACGAGGAAAAGCACUUUGUGAUGCUCAUGGAGAGCCUGGGCGCCGGAAGCCUCCUGGAACACCCUGCAGAGGUGCGCAGCCUGUGGGCCCAGCUGCGCCGCGAUGAGCCUCAACUUCUGUCAAACUUUGAGCAUUUCCUGGCCAGAGUGACGGCGCAGAUCAGAGACGCCAACCAGGAGAAGAGAGACAUGGAAAGUGCCCUCAAAAGGAAAACAGCAACACAUGAUGAUGAGAUCCAGCACCUGUAUGAAGAAAUGGAGCAGCAGAUAAAAAAUGAAAAAGACAAAAUACUACUGCAGGACUACGAUCGAUAUCUGUCCCGAAGUAAAGACCUGGAGCUGCAGCUGUCCAGCAAGGAGAAGGACCUGGAGCAGCUCUUCCAGAAACAGAGACGGUUGGAGUGUCAGUGUCAGGAACUCCACAGUGAACAACAUGAGACCAAAGUGGAAAACGUGAAGCUGAAGCAGACGAACGACGACUUGGCCCGAGAGCUGGAGCUGGUGAGCCAGGAGCUGACGCUGGCGCAGGAGCAGCUGGGUCUGCUGCAGGAGCAGUCGGCACGACUUCACGAGGAGAAGGAGAUGGAGAUCUACAGACUGAGUGAAGGACUGCAGCGAGAGAGAGCGAGUCUUCACAAGCAGCUGGACCUUUUGAGAGAAAUGAACAAACAUUUGCGGGAUGAAAGAGACAUGUCCUUUCAGAAACCAAAAGGAACCAAGAAAAGCUUGAAGCACCGGUCUUUUAUUGAUGGAGUGAAGCAAGCAAACACCGAUGUGUUUAAAAGUGAGGAUGAGGAGGAGCCGACCUCCACCGCCCUGAGGCAGAACCUUAACGGCUUCUACCAGCCGUCCUUCCCAGCUGAAGCAAGGAGUCGUUUCCAGAGGAUUAUCUCCAUAGAAGAAGACCACCUCCCCUAUUUACUGAACAACAGCCUGGCUCAGACCGCACUGCAGAACUGUGCUGAAGUAGAGACUCAGUUGGAUGAUGAAGACGGAGUGGAUGUGAUGAGCGAACCUCGCCGCAGGUCAUCGCCGAUCCCUGAGCAGCAGUCUGAGGAACGGCUGGUCCCGUCAUCUCCAAGAGGUCAGCCGGUUGGCAAGGAAACCACCAUCAAUGAGGAAAGCGUUCCUUCGGCUCCUGAUCGCCUCUUCAAGGUCGUCCUGGUGGGAAACUCCAGCGUGGGAAAAACUUCGCUCCUCCAGAGAUUCUGUGACGACCGCUUCCACCCGGGAACCUGCGCCACUGUCGGCAUAGACUACAGUGUGAAGACAAUAACUGUGGACAACAGCCAGGUGGCGCUGCAGUUGUGGGAUACAGCAGGACAGGAAAGGUACCGCAGCAUCACCAAGCAGUUCUUUCGCAAAGCUGAUGGUGUGAUUGUGAUGUAUGAUGUAACUGCUGAGCAGAGUUUCACUGCAGUCAGACAGUGGCUGACAAGCGUCAAGGAAGGCACCGGUGGGGAAAUACCCAUCAUGCUCUUAGGAAACAAAACGGACAAAGAGGCAGAGAGGGAAGUUCAGAAGGAAGUGGGCGAAAGGCUCGCCAAGGACUGCCAGAUGACCUUCUUUGAAUGCAGUGCAUGUUCUGGAGCCAAUGUGGCCGAGUCCAUGGUGCAGUUAGCCAGAAUCCUGAAGGAACAAGAAGACCAGCAGAAGGAGAAAACGGUCCAGCUGAUCAGCAGCCCCUCAAAAAGGAGAUCCUGCUGCUAAAACAGAAAACACUCAACACAACGUAGCACUACCCUUUAAUCAACUUAUUAAAUGUCCUAGUUAAAUCACACGGGCCACUGAGAACACAGUAAAUUCAGGUUAGAUAAAAUAAGUACCAUUAUGAUGUUGUGGGUUAAAUGUACAACUAGCUGAAAUAUUUAGUACAUUUGUUUUAGUUGUAUAUUCACCCUAACUUGAAUAGUACAAUUAUCUGUUCUACAUAUUUAUUUCACUUAUGAAGAGCAUAUUGUUAUAUUGAUAUAGAGCCAUCAUGAGAUGUACUAAAUGUGUUUCACUUCCUCUAUAUCAUGUUUAACAUGACGCAUAAUAGCAAAGCACCAUCAUUUAAGUAACUUUGCAUGAAACUUUAUACCUUUAAAACUUUGGUUAGUCGAGUUUUAACUGAUCUAAGUUCAAUUCAGUUUAUUCAUUUCUGGUUAUGUGAAAUUUCUUCAUAUAAUGUUUGAAAAGAGCAUCAGUGUACAAAAGUACUUUAAUUGCACAUGUUUUUGUUCCAAGUUUAACAUAUUUAAUGUCUCCUUUACUAAUUGUUAGGUAGCAAUUUAUUUUUGAUCAAAAAUUACAGUUUAGAAUAUAUAUAUUUUUUUUGUUGUAACUUUUAAGAACAGAUUGGAUUAAUUCUAGAUGCCAAGUGUUUUAUGAAAAUGUUCUGUAAUUUUUUAUGUUUAAAAUCUAGUCUUACUUUUAUUUUUGUCACUAAUGUUUCACUACUUCAGGAGUCUCGUUAAUUUAAUGUACAUAUUUAAAUGUUAAUAAAGAUGUUUGUGAAAUUCAUCAGUGGACUGUGGCUCACUAAAUCAUAAAACAUAAACUAGAUUUACAGCAUUACAAAGCGAAUAAGUUUAUUCCAGCUUCAGGUCACAUGACAAAAUAUAAAAAAUAAAUGGCAGAAGUUCAGUUGGCAUACCAGGUUAUUGGUAUAACCCUAAAAACAGCAAAUUAGGACUCAAACUGCUUUUCUUUUCAUGCCAGUACACCUAUAUGAUUCACUUAAUAUAGUUCACCAUAAUCCUUCUCUUCCAUUUGGCAUGUUAACCUUUUUAAAAUUUAAAACACUUUUUAAAAGCUAUAAUUUGUCAAAUUGUUUAAUUUCUGUAGCAGAGCCUGGAUAACACAGGGAGGCUUCUGUUUCCCAUCACAUGGCGAGAAAAUACCUGGAAAACCUAUUCCAGGCUCCUGCUCCCUCAAUGUGAUGGCGCCCUGGGUGAAGAGCCUCGUAACCUAUAAAAAACCCGUCACUGCUGACAUCUGGUUGACCAAGCAACAACUUUUCCUUUUCAGAUGAUUUAGAUCAACCGAUUUUUUAAAUAAAAAAGCUUGUUGAAAUCUUGGCAAUGACAUUAAGAGCAGAAGUGAAAUGGAUCCACUGCUGAACCGGAAAUGCAGAUUAGGAUUUGUGAAAUACUACAAAUGUUUUUUUUUUUUUUUUUUGUUGCAUCGCCUCAAAAGUCUUUUCAGCAAAUGUUUUUAUCUGAGUUGCUAAGAUAGUAAAAUCUUGCAAGUUCUUAUUCAGGAUAAUUUAGACUAAAUUUUUAAAGAAAUAUUGGUUGUUUUAACUGAAGCUAAUUCUAAACAAGGAAAUUUAAAAAAUCAAAGUUUAAGGUUUGGAUUAAUGUGUCGAGGCAUUUACACCAGGAUAAAUGAGUACCGACUAUGUUUUUUCUCAGUUUUAUUUCUAAUGCGGUUACUAACAUGGAAUAUGAACCAGAUGUUUGUAGCAACACCUGUAAUCCACGCAUACACUGAAGUCAAGACAAAUUAGUCUGAGUUAUAAAGUUGAAGUGGCAAAAAGGGCUGAAAAGCAAGAAAUCAGUUUUUAGAAAGCAAUCUUUUUUAGUUCAUGGGAAAAUCACUCUAUGAAAGUAUUGCACAAGAAGUAAUUAAUGAUGGGUGAAUGACUUUAGUUUCCUCAUAACAUUUCUAACCUUAAAGUUGCAAAAUGUUGACAUAGUGCUCCUCCUACGACUUCUGACAGGGUUAACCAAAAACCAGAGACUGGAGGAGGCCUGAUAUAGCAUUCACCAUGAGAACAAUAAGUAGUGCAUUCAACCACAAUGUCCUUAAUGCAGACUUUCAGUGUAAAACACCACUGCCAAAGAAACGGCAAGUUUAAGCACCUUUAAAAUUUAAAAAGUUAGUGGAGAGAACACAGCGUGGUUAGAAAAGGUCCAAACCGAGCUCUGUCCUUGAACACACCAUGUUUGAAAGAGAGGUGGUUUUGAGCAUCAACUGAAAAAACAACUGUGAAGUCUGGAGGUGGCAGUAUCAUGGUGUGGGACAGAUUGUCAACACAUGGAUCUGGUAAAAGAAGGAAUUACAAAUAAAAUGCUCCAAUUGAAACCUACAGAAAAAGUCAUCAAACAUUUCCAUAAGCAUUUACUCCCUGUGUCAUUACAUUACAACAUCUGGUAUGUAUUUCCUGUCAGUGGACCCAUUCAAUACAUGUUUAAUGAAGAAAAACAUGCAUUCAAUAAUUGUCCCCACUGUGUGAUUGAGAAAUGAUGUCAGAAAUUGGACAACUUCACAGCUCAAACUAAAAACCACAAAGUUCUAUAUGCUGCACAAUGUGGGCUUGGUCACAAGCUGCUCACUCACAAAGACAAGAACAGGAAGUAGAACAACCACAUUUUCUGUUUGCUCAUCCUUGGCUGCACUUUUCACUUACUGAUAUGUUACCCACUAUUGCUAGACUUUUACAAAUGUAAACGGUUUCAAUUCAGUCAGUCGCUACAGUGCAUGACAGUCGUACAUAACUAAAUUUAAUGAUUUAGUUCACUGUAAACCCAAAACAGCACAUGGAGGAAAAAGUCAAACUAGAGAGCCUGAAAAAAGCAUUCAGCCCUUUGGAUGUUUCACCUUUCUUAUUGCUUUUAAAAAGUAAUUCCAAUCAUCAAUUUCUUUUUUUUUUUUGACAAAAAGAAACUCUUUGAUGUCAAAGUUUCCACUUUGAAAUCAAAAGGGAAAACUUAUGCUAAUCUAAAAACAUGUUUUUGCUAACUUUGAAAUCAUUUAGUGCACUUAGCUUCUCCAGUUUAUUGUUUCCAGAUAAAUUCUAACAUGCUAAUUUACUGUUUUUAUAAACUUUGGGUUAAUUAAAUGUAACAGGUGGCACCAUUAGGUGUCGCACUCUCCACAGCCUGAGCCUCCAUAAAGGGGAAGCUGGAUGGUGGCCAAGC